GCAGGAAGCAGCUUAACCUCGGCUUUUCUGGACAGGACUUUGCUGAAAGAUGUGGUUUGUGAGCAUGUUGAUUUUAUUAUUAUCUUGUAACAACAACCCGCUGUUGGGCUCCCUUAUUUGCAUUCCUAGCAGCACGGCAAGGUGAAUAAUUUAAUUCCAGCAGCCUGCGCCACGUGAUGGUGCGAGGACCCGUCAGCGAUGCCUCCCCCUGCACCGACAGACUUUGGAGAGCAGUGGAAACUUACAGAAGUGAUGCGAAAUUGUCGCAUGUCCUCCCUUAACCCUGGGGAAAUCUCUCGGCGGAGUGAUCACUUCAUCCUUUGCUUUUCCACGUGUUCCUCUGACGUGGAGGUUUGGGGGUGUGUGUGCGAGCCUAGGCUGGCGGCGCUCGGCAGGAGAAGAGCGGGAGGCCGAAUCGCGGGAUCCCCGGUCCCUGCCACUUGUCGAUGGUCGGCGGUGGGGGAACAGAGCGGAAUUAAAUGGGAGCUCGCUGAGGGCGGCUGCGGCGGCUGCACGGAGCGGCAGAGCUGUCUUCAGCACCUGGCCAUGGGGCUGCGCCGGGCUGCCUAGGAGCCCCCACCUCGCCACUCACGGCAGUCCUCUUCUAUCCUGAAAGAAGAAAUUCAGGUGAAGGAAGACCAUGCCUUUGUUUAGUAAAUCGCACAAAAAUCCUGCUGAGAUUGUGAAAGUUCUGAAAGAAAACAUGGCCAUAUUGGAAAAACAAGAAAAAAAGACAGACAAGGCAUCAGAGGAAGUGUCAAAAUCUCUGCAAGCAAUGAAGGAAAUUCUGUGUGGGACCACAGACAAAGAGCCACCCACAGAAAUCGUGGCCCAGCUGGCACAAGAGCUCUACAACAGUGGCCUUCUAGUGACGCUCAUUGCCAAUCUGCAGCUGAUAGAUUUUGAGGGCAAAAAGGAUGUUUCCCAGAUAUUCAACAACAUCUUGAGAAGACAAAUUGGCACACGCAGCCCUACAGUGGAAUACAUCAGUGCCCAUCCACAUAUCCUAUUCAUGCUUCUAAAAGGAUAUGAAUCCCCAAAUAUUGCCUUACGUUGUGGAAUUAUGCUGAGAGAGUGUAUCCGCCAUGAGCCCUUGGCCAAAAUCAUACUAUUUUCAGAACAGUUCAGAGACUUUUUUAAAUACGUGGAAAUGUCAACAUUUGAUAUUGCUUCUGAUGCCUUUGCUACAUUCAAGGACCUGUUAACACGACACAAAUUGUUGGUGGCAGAAUUUCUGGAACAAAAUUAUGAUGUAAUCUUUGAGGAUUAUGAAAAACUCCUUCAUUCAGAGAAUUACGUAACAAAGAGGCAAUCUUUGAAGCUUCUGGGUGAACUGAUUCUGGACCGACACAACUUUGCCAUCAUGACAAAAUACAUCAGCAAACCAGAAAACCUGAAGCUGAUGAUGAACUUGCUGCGAGAUAAAAGCCCCAACAUUCAGUUUGAAGCAUUCCAUGUGUUCAAGGUUUUUGUGGCCAGUCCAAACAAAACACAGCCUAUUGUGGAGAUCUUGUUGAAAAACCAACCCAAGCUAAUUGAGUUUCUGAGCAAUUUCCAGAAAGAAAGGACGGAUGACGAACAAUUCACUGAUGAGAAGAACUACCUGAUCAAGCAAAUCCGAGACUUGAAAAAGCCAACGGCAUGAAGAACUCCUGUUUUCCACUGUAGGCAUUAAUCUCAAAUGUUAAGUUCCUCUGUGUCCCUUAAACACCACAAUAGUGCUUGAGAAGGCACAGCAAGUGCCUGGUUUUUAUUUUGUCUUUGUUCCUAGAUGUCAAGAGUAUAGGGGUUUUACAUGAGAACUAAAAAACCAAAAAUCUAGAAUAAUAUAUUAUUUUUAAUCAAGACUAUAAUUAUUUAUGUCAGUUUAGAAUCUCUCUGUAAUAGAAGCUGGUUUGACAGUUUUUUGGUUUUUUGUUUUUUUGGUUUUUUUUUUUGUUUUGUUUUGUUUGGUUUUUUUUUGUUUUUUUUUUUUUUUUUUUGUGCUCAAGAAGAAUGAACCUCUUUGCUUAAUUUUGUCAGCAAACUUAAGCACUGGCAAGUGCACAGAGCAGGUCUUCUGAGGACUGUGACAUUGUUCCUUCACACCUGUAGUUGUGACUUGGUUCUAGUGCUGCACACACACAAGACUGUGAAAGAGUACUUUGGUCUCUGGAGUUGCUGCACUUACAGGUCAGGUUCUUUAGUCAAAACUACGGAAGAUAAAAAAGCAGAAAAGGUCACGUUUUUGCUUCAUUUUGUGUUCUUUCAUCUUUUUUUCCCCUAGAUCAGAGCUUUUCUAUUCAGUGCUAGGGAACAGAUGGAUAUAUCAGCCAUCUGAGCUGCUUCUGCCUAACUCCCAUUUCCCUGUGUGUGAUCUAUCUUGUGCUAGAGCACAGGCUUUUCCUACCAAGCAGUCUCAUGAGGAGCAGCCCCACGUACACGGUGCUCACAUGUCCUGUAAUGGAAAAAGGCAAGGGCAAGCCCCUCUCAUCAAAGGCCAUGCUGAAUUUCCGAUGAAAUGAUCCUGCACCUAAGGAAACCAUCCAUAGUCAAGAAUAUUGGGUGGUAGCCAGAGCUACUUGGCUGAAUUGCGACAAGGGCUGAGCCUAGGCACCACAGUAAGAGGAGGGUCCUUAGUGUCUUUCCAUUUGAAUUGCAGUCUUGGCUGUGCGAGGUGUGUUUGAGCUGAGUUCAGCAAGGGAAUCAUGAAAAGUCCUCUGCCAGAUCUGCUGCGUGGGCUGAGGUCCCUGAGCCUGCAGGUGCUGUCACAGCUGAGAGCAUUUUCUGGAUGCCGAGCCCGGGAGGCCCCUGAGCAGCAACAGGCACCAAAGGCCACCAGUAGUCUGGCAUUUCCUGUCCUUGUUCACCCUGACAUGAAUCCAGGUGUUGUGUUAAAGUUGUAGAAGAGGAGGUUGUUGCACCAUUAAUGUUUUGAGUUUAAUAAGCUCUGUGGUACAGACAGUGUUUCCCUGGUGUGUUUGAAGAGUUUUUAGGGUCUUUUGUUUUUGAACAGGAAAAUGUUAUUCUGGUGCUUUCUUAGGAAGAGAAGUUUGAGAGCAGGGAGUGGAAAUUUCUUGAAUUUUUCUGGACAGCCUAAGUUAUGAGUUUUCCUAUUUGCUGUAAGAAAGUUCUCUAGCUAAAACUCUAGCUAAUGCUUCAGGUAAUAGGUGACACUGACUUGUAAAAACAGAACAAGCCCUUUUCUUUCAUUUAACUGUUGUAUAUUGAGGUGACUGAUACUUUAAUUUAUGUGCUUUAGAAAAGGGAAGAAACAGAACAGAUUGUGGUCUCAUUUUUUUUUCAGAUGUCAGAUACACACAACAAAUGUACAUCUUAGUUGCCUGGAAUUUAAAAAAAAAUAUUUACAAGCUAUUAAAGGCAUGAUUACUGAUCA